AUAAAUGUAAAUAUGAAGUUGGUCCGUGGAGUGAAUGUGAUAUCACCACGGAUACCAUAAAGAUGACUAUGACCUUGAAAUCAGGAGAAAUGAAAGAAUGUCCUUCAACAAAAAUAUUAACCAAGAAGUGUAAAAAACCUUGUAAAUACACCACAGGAAAGUAUGGACCGUGUGUAAAUGGAUUUACAGAAAGAGUUGAUAAAUUAAAGAAAAAAAGCAGAGAUAUGUGUGAACCAGUACGAACAUUGACCAAAAAAUGUCGUGGACGGAAUAAAAUAAAGAAAAUAAAAGGAGGCUGUAUAUAUGACAAGGGAUCUUGGGAAAACUGUGAUCCUGUCACGAAUAAAAGAGCAAAGGUCAAAUCAUUGAAAUCUGGUAACCCUAAAAAAUGUAAAGCUGAGAAAAAAGUUUAUAGAUCUUGCGUAAGAGCUAAUGGUCAAGAUCGUUGCUUCUUUGGUGUGUGGGGAGACUGGUCAGAUUGUCAGAAUGGCGUACAGAAGAAACAAAGACAAGUUGUACAGGGUGGAGUUGAUUGUCAGAAGCGAGCAGUAAAAACACGACCAUGUUCAUGAUUAAACAGUAUAAAAUCAUAAUCAUGUUCAUGAUUAAACACUUUAUAAACAGGUUCAUGAUUAAAUUCCAUAAAAUAUGUAACAAUAUUGUUUUAACACUGUAAAAUAAGUUGCCUUAUCAUGAUUUUUUCACAAUAAAAAGAUAAUGAACAUAUUACCAUAUUCAUGUAUAACUUAUUAAAUGUAUUAAUAUUUAUGAUCAAAAGCUUUUAAAAUCUUGAAUUAAAUUUUGUCAUUCAUUAAGGAAAUCAUUGAGCCAAAAGCUUGGGCAGGCUGUUUCCAGUAGCAAAUCUACUGCGUCUCCUGCCCAUUUAUUCAUGAAUUGUCAAGUUGACUUUGAACAUUUUCAAUGGUUUACAUGAUAAAGAAGUGUCAAUUUUGCUUUCAACAUUUUCAAUAUACUAUCAAAUUACAGAGAGGCAAGAUAUAACUUGUGUCUGUCAAUAGUUUAU